AUGGAGGGCGAAAGUAUGUCUUUACUGUCCUUCGGUUCGCACAAAGAAAGAAACUAUGGAACAGUCAGUCAACGCGCCUACCUUGGAUCUGCAAUGGGAAAAGCGAAAGAAGUGGAUCUCGUCGACUACGCAGUUUCUGAAGGCGAGACAAUCACUGGCGUUGCGAUCAAAUUCUCAACUUCAGUCGAAGUGCUAAAGAGCCACAAUCGCUUUCUUUGCUACGACCCAGAACUCACGUCCGGAAAAAAAGCCAUCCAGUCGACUGGAGCUGCUGAUAAUUCAGCAACGAAGAGUAGAAAAGACGCUUCCGUUAAAGAAGAAGUUCGCGACAAAUCGCUGAGCGAUUUCUUUGCUUCAAUCGACUCCAACAUUAGCUCUGGCAGAAAGCGACUCACCAAUUUCAACGAAGACCUUAUCAACAGGCUCGAGGAAUGA